CGGCGCGUAACACUUUCCAGCUCCCGGGUGUUGUAGGCGUCCGGGAGCGAUGGCGGCGCUGCUCUGCUCACUGUUUUGAGUCGCGCUGCAGGAACUUUUCGGGACCAUCGUGGCAGAUCCGGUGUCCUUAUUCCCCCCUCCGGAGAGUGAUGGCGCUCGGCGGCUGCAGUGUGCACGAUCGGGGUGAAUGUGCUUUAAGAGGAGGAUAAGAGAUGUAGAGAGCUGCUUAAAGCGAAACUUGGAGCUUAAAGUUUUUUAAGUGUCACUACAACCAAUGGGCUUGUAAGGGACGGAGAGGGGUGAGGGGUUGGACAGUGAUCAAAGUUUUAUGUAGUAUUGCUUUUUAAAACUGUUUAUAGGCUGUGUUGUGAUUGGCAAAAAAACUUUCAUCCAAACUUUACUUGCCUGGAACGAUUAGAAGUACAGACUUUGUUACAGGUCCGCACCUGCAGUUUCACUGCUGUAUAAAAGAAUGUUCGCCGAUCAUGCGUCUUUUUAGGUGCGCGAAGUUUGGAAGUGAUAUUCCAUCCGAUCGCGCUUUUCUCACCAUUUUUCUGUAUCAUAUUUUAAGGCUUCCAGUGCUACUUUGUAAAUGUUACUACUCGGGCAGUUCCAGUGAAAACUGGCUGUAUCAGAUGGACGACGUGGUUACUAAGUAGCCCCCGAUCGGGACUUUGGAAUGCCUUGAAUCGGUAUCAGCCAAAGCGGCGUGACUGGAUCGUAACCGCGCUCACUAUUAUUUAAUUAAUACUAUGUGUUUGAUUUUUUUUUCUGCUUGUUUUAAGUCUUCGCUUUUCGGCGUGAUCGAAACGGCCUGUUCGUUUUCUCUCUUUUUUUGCUGUAACUCUUGAACCCUGAAAUCGGCACCUUAUGGUGCGGCGGCACGCAUCGCGACAUGGAUGUUUCCCGGGCCGGUUUCCCAAACGGUGAAGAGCGGCCGAGCAACGGCGGCGAUCGCGGCCGGAGCGAGUCCCCCCGCAGCGCGCCUUGGCCUCACUCGGCUCCCUUGUGCCCCCGCUCGUUGUGGACCGCCGUGUUUGACUACGAAGCCAGCGGGGAGGAUGAGCUCAGCCUGCGCCGGGGGGACGUGGUGGAGGUGCUGUCUAAGGAUGUGGCCAUAUCGGGGGAUGAGGGAUGGUGGACCGGUAAGAUUAAUCGUCGGGUCGGCAUAUUCCCUUCCAACUACGUGACCUACCAGCCCACCAUGUAUCACAGACUUCCAGCCAACGGCGCUGCAGGGAUGCGGGAAAAUGUCCCUAACUCCCCAGUGCAAAUCCCGUUCAAUGAGCUGGUCCUGGAGGAGAUCAUCGGCGUGGGGGGGUUUGGGAAAGUCUACCGGGGCACCUGGAAGGGUCAGGAGGUGGCAGUGAAGGCAGCCCGACAAGACCCGGACAAGGACAUCACUGCCACGGCGGACAGCGUCAAGCAGGAGGCGAAGCUGUUCUCCAUGUUACUACACCCUAACAUCAUAAAGCUGGAAGGCGUCUGCUUGGAUGAGCCCAAUCUCUGCCUGGUCAUGCAGUACGCCAGGGGGGGCACCCUGAACCGGGCGCUCACCGGGAGGAGGGUGCCCCCGCAUGUCCUCGUCAGCUGGGCCGUGCAGAUUGCCACGGGCAUGCAGUACCUGCACGAGGAAGCUGUCGUCCCAAUCAUCCAUCGCGACCUGAAGUCCAGUAACAUUCUGCUCCUGGAGAAGAUCGAGAAUGACGACAUCGGGAAGAAGACGCUGAAGAUCACGGACUUCGGCCUCGCGCGGGAGUGGCACAAGACGACCAAGAUGAGCGCGGCUGGUACCUACUCCUGGAUGGCGCCUGAGGUCAUCAAGUCCUCGCUCUUCUCCAAGGGGAGCGACGUAUGGAGCUAUGGCGUGCUGCUAUGGGAGCUGCUGACGGGCGAGGUGCCGUACCGCGGUAUCGACGGCCUGGCUGUGGCCUACGGCGUCGCUGUUAACAAGCUGACCCUGCCGAUCCCCUCCACCUGCCCCGAGCCCUUUGCCAAGCUCAUGGAAGAAUGCUGGGAACCAGACCCUCACGUCCGGCCCUCAUUCGCUGCCAUCUUGGAGCAGCUGACGGUCAUCGAGGAGGCCGUCAUGGCAACCAUGCCACAGGACUCCUUCCACUCCAUGCAGGAGGACUGGAGGCUGGAGAUCCAGGAGAUGUUCGAUGAGCUGCGGACCAAGGAGAAGGAGCUGCGCUCACGCGAGGAGGAGUUGACGCGGGCAGCGCUGCAGCAGAAGUCGCAGGAGGAGCUGCUGAAGCGCAGGGAGCAGCAGCUGGCGGAGCGCGAGAUCAACGUGCUGGAGCGGGAGCUCAACAUCCUCAUCUUCCAGCUGAACAAGGACAAGCCCAACGUCAAGAAGAGGAAGGGCAAGUUUAGGCGGAGCCGGCUUAAGCUGAAGGAUGGGAACCGCAUCAGCCUGCCGUCGGAUUUCCAGCACAAGAUCACCGUCCAGGCCUCGCCUACCAUGGACAAGAGGCGGAGCCUCAACAGCAACACGUCCAGCCCCCCCAGCAGCCCAACCCCCAUCCCCCGCCUGCGUGCCAUCCAGUUGAGCACCCCCACUGACCCUGCCAGGAGGGACAGUAUGUAUGUUUACCACCAGGAAGUGGAUAUGACAAGCGAGUGUGCGCCCCCUGCUGGGCUUAGAAAAAAAGUGACCCUGGACGAGAGCAACCGGACAUGGGGGCGGAGCACGAUGUACAAGCAGGAGGAGUUCGAGGACGUAAGGAAGGGCUUCCGGAAGAAGGGCCGGACGUGGGGGCCGAGUUCUCUCCAGGCUAAGGAGCGCGCCGGUGCCACUGACAGGGUCAGGCCGCUCUCUGACGGCAACAACCCCUGGUCCACCAGCUUGAUGAAGACCCAGAAGUCUGUCCCUCUAGCUGCGCUGUUCGCCGAGCAGGGGACGAACAUGGACAGGGGGUACGCUGCAGAAGGCCCCGAUGCCGUCAAACCAAAGCAGGUGAAGCUGCCCAGUCAAGUGUAUAUCGAUCUACCUCUGUGGAGUGACGAGCAGCGAGAGACAGGGGGCGCUGCGGACAGCCUGGAGGACCCCGGCACCUCCACCAGCUCAGCCAGCACCACGCCACAGGUCACGCCUACCAAUAGCCUGAAGAGGGCGCCAACGCGUCGGCGGACGGAUGCGGCGCUCUGGGGCUGCGCGUCGCUACUGGCUUCCAUGGCGCUGGGCUUUGACCUUCGUGAGGCCCUCAAGGGCCCAUCGCCUGAGGAGGCGCCAGAGCCACGAGAAGAGAAGAAGAGGAAGGAGGGCCUCUUCCAGCGUGCCGCCCGCCUCCGGAGAAGUACCAGCCCCCCCAGUGGGGGGCGCUCUCGCAAGGAGGAGGCAUCUCCGGGCCCCCUCCACGGUCCCGGUCCCGCCAGCCUACUAGCCAUGUCCUCCAUCUCCGAGUGUGACUCCACACGAUGCCUCAUACAGCCAGACUCCGAAGGUGCUGAUCACGUAUCUGCAAAGGAGGUGCCGCCUGGAACCACAGCGGAGUACAGGGCCCACCCCUGCACCCGGGGAAGCGGGACGGCCACUAAGCCUGAGGCCCCGCCCCCAGCCCCAGCAGGGACUAACUCCAAGCUGCGCAGGAAGAAAUCAGCCCCAGUUCUCUGUUACAACACUAAUGGUACCUCAGGUUUUCAUGUGACCCCCCUGGCACCCCCGUCUCCCGGCCCCGCCUCCGAGCGAGGCCCCCCUAGCAACGGCAUAUCCAGGCCACGGCCCUCGUCCCUGCGGGGCCGACCGCACACCUGGGGCCUCCUGCGGGGCCGCCACAAGAGCACCUCGCUGGGCCGCCACGCCGGAGAGAAGCACGCGCGGGAUCUGGCCGGCGUGGGCUGUUCGCUGCUGGACGUGGACACCGAGGGACAGAAGCGAGACUGCACCGUCCCCCUGUGCCGCAUGCAGAGCGCCCCCAGCAGGCCCUCUGUGUACGAACUGGAGAAAGAGUUCCUGUCCUAGUGGAAACUGCCUCAAACCGCCCUGUAAUGAGAUGGGGCAGAACCUGGUGCACGGCAUUGUGGGAAAAAUACUCACCCUGCCACAUUUGAUCUGGGACCAGUGCUGAUUAUUUUUAUACGAGGCACAUUAUUUAUGUACGUGUCCUUUAAUACUUUCUCCGCUAAUUUAAUAAGAGGACACCAUGCCAGUUGAAAAAGACACAUUCCGGUUUCAUUCUUUCUGGAGUCUUCAAAUGAGACGCUUGGUGCGUCUGAAACUAGCCUGUGUGUCGACAUGCACGUGUUCUGUUAGGCUGUUGAACGAAAAUAGAACUUUUUCUUGUCUGUCCUUUGCUGCACUGUCGUCAUGAUCAGUUUUGUGUUUAGUUAAAUGCAGUGUUUGUUUUUGUUCAGUUUCGUUUUCGUUUACAGUUCGGAGCUCUAGCGAUAAUAUUUGGAUGUGACAUGUUGGGUUCAGUUACCCUAAAUUGUCCCUGCGGCUGCUGUUAAUGAUUGUGUGCUUUACUGUGUAAAUUAUUAUGGAGAAAAAGAACAAAACAGGUUUAAAAGCCUUUGAUCUCCGACCCUCUACUGAACAAAUGGUGGAUCGUUCUGAACCGGCUUACAGUAACUGAGAAGGGGAUCUUUACGCUGCAUUACAGAGGUACUCAUUUGCUGAGUAGCCCAGUUUUAAUGUGGGUUCUUGGCGAUGAUUUUCUUACUGUGUGGAAAUGCUUCUGACGUCGGUCAGAAUUGAUGAGAUCGGCACUGCAGGUCCAGGUGAUGUAGAACAUAAAGUGAAACUGAUGUAAGUAAAAUAAGUGUCUAAUAUUCUGGCUGUAGUCAGAUAGCCAGUUUUAAUCCUCAGUGCAUUGAUUAUACUCAAAAUUUUUGUACUUUGCGUUUUUUUUUUUUUUUUAAAUGAAAGUUAAGGUAUACAUUUUCCAGAACUUGCUGCACCUUCCCACUGAGGGAUAGUUAAGCCGUAGGCAGUAUUGAAGAUUGUGGACACCUGUAUGUUCACUCUCGUUUCUGCAGCGCCGUCGUGUAGGUGAUGUGCGACGUGAACACCGUGCUGCACCAGACAGUGAUCCCUCCAGCUUCCAGUGUGUUUUUUUACAGUGUUGUCUACCAUUCGGUGAGGACCAGAGGUUCCGCAUAAUACACCCACGCUGACAUGGUACUGUACUUUCAUCAGUCGAUAAGAGGGUCUAGUGUGUCCUGGACAGACACCUGCUUGGGCCCUCCACGCAGAAAAUUAGACUAUGCAAAGGACUGAUUAAUGUCUGUUUGGAAGUUAGAAGCUCCCAGAAAGAGCUCAGCCCUCCGAUGUCCCUCAAAGUUCUCACCCCAAUCUCUCCAGUGUGGGGAUACAAUCAAGCUUAGAGUAUUUUAUGCCUUUUAUAUUCACUCCUGUAAUUAAACGCUUCCUCCUACCUGCUCCAGGUACUGGAAACGCUUUUGGAAAAAACUGGUUUUUAACAAGCUGUAAGUAUUGAUUAUAUUAAAGUGACAUCAUUAAAUAUAA